AGCCUCCAGGGCGGCGGAGCCGGGAAGUGGGAGAGGGAGCGAAGGAGGCGGAGACUGCCCGAGCCCGCAGCCCGGCCGGGCUCCGAGGAGAGGGGCUGCAUGGAGCGGCCGGCGCGGCUCUGCGGGCUGUGGGCGCUGCUGCUCUGCGCCGGCGGCGGCGGCGGCGGCGGGGGCGCCGCGCCCACCGAAACUCAGCCGCCUGUGACAAAUUUGAGCGUUUCUGUUGAAAACCUCUGCACGGUCAUCUGGACAUGGGACCCUCCUGAGGGAGCCAGCCCGAAUUGCACCUUACGGUAUUUUAGUCAUUUUGACAACAAACAGGAUAAGAAAAUUGCUCCUGAAACCCAUCGUUCAAAAGAAGUGCCCCUGAACGAGAGGAUUUGUCUGCAAGUGGGAUCCCAGUGUAGCACCAAUGAAAGUGACAAUCCUAGCAUUUUGGUGGAAAAAUGCACCCCGCCCCCUGAAGGUGAUCCUGAGUCUGCUGUGACUGAGCUCCAAUGCGUUUGGCACAACCUGAGCUACAUGAAGUGUACUUGGCUCCCUGGAAGGAACACAAGUCCCGACACCAACUAUACUCUCUACUACUGGCACAGCAGCCUGGGCAAAAUUCUUCAAUGUGAAAACAUCUAUAGAGAAGGUCAACACAUUGGUUGUUCCUUUGCUUUGACUAAUUUGAAGGAUUCCAGUUUUGAACAACACAGCGUCCAAAUAGUGGUCAAGGAUAAUGCGGGGAAAAUUAGACCAUCCUUCAAUAUAGUGCCUUUAACUUCUCAUGUGAAACCUGAUCCCCCACAUAUUAAACGGCUCUUCUUCCAAAACGGUAACUUGUACGUGCAAUGGAAGAAUCCACAGAAUUUUUAUAGCAGAUGCUUAUCUUAUCAAGUAGAAGUCAACAACAGCCAAACAGAGACGCAUGAUAUUUUCUACGUUGAAGAAGCCAAGUGUCAGAAUUCAGAAUUUGAGGGAAACCUGGAGGGUACAAUUUGCUUCAUGGUCCCCGGCAUCCUCCCCGACACUCUGAACACAGUGAGAAUCCGGGUGAGGACGAAUAAGCUGUGCUACGAGGACGACAGGCUGUGGAGCAACUGGAGCCAGGCAAUGAGCAUAGGUGAGAACACCGACCCCACGUUCUAUAUAACCAUGCUGCUCGCCACCCCGGUCAUCGUUGCGGGUGCCAUCAUAGUCCUCCUGCUUUAUCUCAAAAGGCUCAAGAUCAUUAUAUUCCCUCCAAUUCCUGAUCCUGGCAAGAUUUUUAAAGAAAUGUUUGGAGACCAGAAUGAUGACAGCCUGCACUGGAAGAAGUACGACAUCUAUGAGAAGCAAACCAAAGAAGAAACUGACUCUGUUGUGCUGAUAGAAAACCUGAAGAGAGCCUCUCAGUGAUGGGGCUAAUUUAUUUUACCCUUCGACGUGACGAUUCAUCCCAUUCUCCGUUUGUUAUCUGGGAACGUGUUAAAAGGAAAGCGAAACUACUGGGCCAUUUAAAAACAGGCAGCUCGUAAGAGCCACGGUCUUCACGUCAAGUCGUGCACUGAGAAACUAAACACAAGGGGCUCUUUGGCGAAGAGAGCGGAGUCAUUGUCGUUGAAUUAGAAAAGCAGACCUCCCUCGCGAAGGCUUCAAAGUAGGGGGCAAAGCAAACAGCGGUGAUGGCGGUAGAGUUCAUCUUAUCCAGAGUUGUGACGACUUCUGAGGGUUCUGUGCCUGCUUUGUACGCUUUGUGUCCAACCACACCGAUGCAUUUUAUGUGGGGGCGGGGGGAGGAAACUCAUUCUGGAUGCAGGCGCUAGCUAAUGCCAGACUUGAGUCACGGCGAGCAUCUAACCAAACGAACUUGAUGGAAUCUAUCACAAACGAAAUUGAUGAAACCUAUUAUCCGUUGUUCGGGAUCUCACGGCGUGUUCGUGGCUCUGUAAACCCUUAGCAGUCCGGACUCGUCAGCCCCCUGAGCAGCAGCUUGCCCCGCUUUGGAAGGCCCGGGCGUCAGUGUUGGCCACGAGCGUGGCCACUACAGCAAGAGCCUUUCAGAGCCGUGGCAGGCUUUUAAGGGCAGUGGAGGUCGAAUGCCUUAUUGGGCGUUGGGAUCUGCCCCAUGCCAUCUCUCAUGGUGUCUUGUUUCUUCUUCACCUCUGCUACUCCAGUCAAAUACUCCGCCUGUGUCCAGAUUGUGCUAGGCCCCCGGGUGGGAGGCACCACUCAAAGGGUUGACGGUCCAGUUGAGACGCCUCUCUUCUGACCCCUCUAUCUCCACCAGUCGUUUUCCAGAGCUUUCGGCUCCCCGGUUCCCGUACCCGUUUCCCCUGCCCCAUCGGGCCCCCCCCCCCCCGUUCCCGCCGUUGUGUCCUUCUGUCCCCUUUCGCUAGAAAUUAGAAUAUAAAGCUGCUCAGCACACCUAGAAGAGCAGGGAGGACUCUGCACCUCAGGUAAAGUGUGA